AGCAUUUUCGCUUCACGGACUCUUAGAGUAACGCCCUAUCUCCGUCUUCUCGCAGCUUAGUUUGCAAACACUUUGCGCUGCGUUUACUGACGCUGAGAAUCUAGAGUUGCGCUUCCCCUCGAUCGGGUCUCGGCACUGAGGAAGACUGUUUUGACGGAAACCACGUGACCGUCUCCUUCUCAUAGGACGUCCCCUCCUGUCUCCUGAGUCCACAACAAACAAGUCACACAGAUAAGUAGGCUAAAAGUACCCUUUCGUGGGCAGUGACUCCUGGAACUUGACAACGUGACAGUGUUUAUAUCCACGAGGUGUUGUCUCACAGCUCACUCCACGGGAGUCUGUGAUUAUUUUUUCGUCAUUCGUCUUGGGAAAACUUCAUAUUAAGAUACUCACGCUGAUGGGAUAUGAUGAUGGCUUCUACAUCAGCAUCGUCCGGAGGAACCAUGACGUCUGAGUCCGAGAACUCGACUCUCCAAGGCAUCGACGCCUUGAAGCUGACAGUAGGGCCGGUGCGGAGAAACCUCUUUGGCCCCGUUGACCACCAGCAGCUCCAGCGGGACUUCCAGCAACUGCUCCGCAUGAGUGUGGAGGUUGCCAACAAGCGCUGGAACUUUGACUUCCAGAGAGACGUGCCAGGAGAAGGUACCGACGUGGAGUGGGUGGAGCUCGGGUGCCAGGAUGUGCCGGCAUUUUACCGGAGCUGCUUGGUGAGGCCCGGAGUGUUGGCCAGAAAAAUCACGAGGAGCACCUCAACGUCGUCGAUUGAGGAGGAAGACGGCUCUCCCGUCUCUGGGAGCUCGUCCGGGGAAGAGUACCUGGAAGUGACCACUAGAGGGAGCUACCCACUUCAGCGGCUAGGAAAACGCAGACAAUCUGCAAUCACAGAUUUCUUUAAGGUGAAAAAGAGGAAACUCCUGCCCACCAAAGCUUCCUCUCGGCAGUAGAAAAGUUCAACAAUCUCCACAAACGUCACUAAGUGGUCUCCAGCCCUCUACACUCAACAUGAUGUAGAUCAUAUGUACAUAUGUAGCAAUUUAUAACGGACUGUUUAUAAGCUUAUCCAAUGUUGGGCCUUAAAACUUCAGACUCCAACACGCAUUUAAUUUUCAGCACAAGGAAGCUACCUUUCUUUUUAUUCAGUCAAGCUCAGACUCUAGUUUUCAAUGUAUAAAUAUUUGAUGUAUAUGUAUACAUACACACUGUAUAUUUUAUAUACCGUUUUAUUCAGCUUCUUUUAACACUGUGAAAUAAUCUUAAAUGCACUCAUUCAGGAUACUAAAACAGCAAAAGGGAGGUAGACCUCAGCCCAUGACCCCUGUUUUUUUUUGCUCCAAGUCAUUCCAGGUUUCUGAUCCGAGCGGUUACUGCUUCAGCACACUUGGCCUUUUGGCUUCACCCAGAGCCUCUUAAAGCUGGAGUCGGAGCAGGGGUCAAAACCUCAGCCAGGGUUCAAAACGUGGCAGCACGACUGUCAUUAGCUCCAGGUCAGAGGUCAGCGGGUGCAGGCUGAGCAUUUUAAAUGCUGUACGACAGAGACUUCCAUUUUGAGUAUUAAGCAUUUUCUAUUUAUUUUUAAGAUCGUUGUCCAAGAUAAAGAAAAAACAAUGAUUACCCAUUGUGCAAAACGAGGCAAAAUAAAGUCUCAUAACUCCCUGAACUGCAGUGCCUUGCAAAAGCAUUCAACAUUUUUCACUUGCAACCAAAAGCGUAAAUGUAUGCGACUGGGAUCUGAGUGGAAAAAUGAUGCAUUCAGAAAGUACUUAAAAUAGUCAAACUGUCCAAUGAUCUCAGUAAAACUCCAAAUUCAAAAUCUAUGAAUCCUUUUCAAGGUAUUGCAUUCUUUCCUCAAGAAGUCAUUUAAACGUCACAGUUUAACGGCAGAAUAAUCGACAAAAGGCAAACUUCUAGUUUUGCUUAGUAAUAUUUGCACCAUAGAGGCUUUUUGGCAACAUGAUGAGAAAUCCUGUUUGCUGUGAUUCAGCUUUUUGCUUGUAAUAUGUAGCAUUUUCCACUUGUUUUUUUUACUCUUUAAGGGAACGCAGCGUUUUCCGUUUUCAGAAGUUAAACAUUUUACUUCUGCUUUUUUGUUUUUUCCUUCGAAAGAGUUUUUAUAUGAAGAGUCCAGCUCGCCUGCUCUGUUGCAAUCCAGUUCCUCGAUUCUGCAAGCAUGCAUGCGAGGGUUUGUGACACAAGUUGUAAAAAGAUCGACCAAAGCAAUGGAUGCGUUAGCAACUAAGAGCAACAGAUCCCAAACUAGUUCACUUUAAAUUGCUUAAGGGGCUUUAAAAUACCAAAUUACAUCUGCUUCAGUUUUUCUAGAGCCUAGACUUAAAACUGCCGGCUGCAAAGUCAAAUCAAAUGAAUUUGCAAUAAUUUGUCACCAUUUUUUUGGCCAUUUUGUUGUAAAAUAUCUUUAAAAAUCAAGAUUCUCCUGGGAAAAAAAAACAGGUUUAAUGCCUCUGAGGACAUCACAUUAGAUCACAGAUACCAAGUUGUUUUGAUUAUGCCGCAUUAUAUUUUAUUAUACUUUUUCAUCUAUUCCAGGUCUUGUGCCUCUUGUGAUGCCAUUCAAACAAAGCAGGAUUAGCAGUUCUAGUGAACAUUAGUGGGGGAAAAAAAACAAAAAAAAACUUCACACCACUGGAUUGUUUCUUCAACAGGAUAUUGCAGCAGUAAUUAAAAAAAUAAAUAGCCAUAUGCUGGAUUUAUCCUCUAUUACUACCUCAAUAAGGUUAUCAAACGAUAAGAGACAAAGUAAAAAGCUGAGUUUGUUUGUGUUUGGCGGCCAUGAAAGCGAAGACUAAAGAGCGAGUCGUGUUCUGUUGUGGUGAAGAAGCAUCAGGUAAAAGAGUCAGUGUGUCAGAACGCGGGGUGGGCAGGCGGUGGGUGGGUUUGACCGCUUUUGUUUUGCUUCGCUUUUCGUGUGACGGCUUUCCCAGAAUAGAUCGCUCAAGUGGAGCCGCAUUGAGAGGGGGAGGGGGCAAAAAAAAAAAAACAGACUGUCCUGAGAAAAUGUCACACCCAGACCCCUCAGUCUCCAUCAAAGGAUUUUUCCAUCCUUUUUGUCUCGUAGCUUAAAGAUAAAUCUGCCAAUGUGUGCCAAGAGUUUUCAAACAGCAGGAACAUAAGUUUCUUAUCUUUUUUCUCCUAACUACCCAGUCAGAUUAUUUAAAAAAAAUAUAUAUCUUUGCACUAAGAACUACUUUUAUUGUGAUCGCGGAAUCUGCGGAAAACAGACACAGGGCAGCAGACUCAGCUUCAGACUGAGACUUUCAGCUUAUUGUAGCCAUGUUACUCCUUGUUUAAAGUCUAUUAGAAAAUAAAAAAUAAAGCAAUGAAUCCGUUUCCAGAGGUUGCAAACUAUUAAUUUGCAGCUUUAGCAGAAGUGUUUAUUUUAUUUUGUACAUGCAUGAAUGUAAGAUAUUUGUACACCAUUUUGUAAUAAUUCUACUGUAAUUUAAUGCUGGUUUAUGCCUCUUUGUAUCACUAUCUUUUUGGAUAAUAUUUGUAUUGUUGCUCUCCUGCUUUUUAUAACAUUUCAUUUGGUUUGUUUCAUCAAUAAAUAUAAAGAGAAAUCACACUGCUGUAGAUCUCGCAUGACUGGCUUUGAGAGAAUCCAAAGAAAAGGAGGAAUUUGAAGCUUUACUUGCGCCCCCUAGUGGAUCCGACGCAAAACUGCGCUUGUAGCUUGAAGGCGACUUUGCAUUUAUUUCAAACAGAAGUAGAAGUACAGUUAAAAGAUACACAAAAGAAACUAACAGAAGGGAAAUUUCACACCUAAUUAUUUUACAAUCUAUUACAUGUGUUUGGCUCCUCCUGUAAACAGAGUUAUGGUUGAAUAUAUAAUGACCUGAUAUUACAUAUCAUUAAAAUGAAUGCAACUAAAAAAAAAAAAAAAAAAUUUAACAAAAUAUAUCUACUUCUAGUCAUGAAAAGAAGUUGGCAACUGGCAAAACUGAAUAUUUUGGUUGCAUUGGCUGUAAAGGUUCAAUUUUACAGUCAACCUAAAAUAAAUGUCAAGUCUAUGGCACAGCCUGGAAAAGAUGCAGCUCUCUUCACAUUUCUUUACAGCCCUGAUCAAAUGAUACGGAAAAUGUUACAGCCAAUUAUUUUCUCUGCAGUAACACUGGAAAAUGAAUUACUUAUAAUUACUUUCAAAGUAAUUAAUUUUAAAUAAGUAGUUAAGGAAACUUUUUCCCAUGUGAUGCUGACAUUUGUGGAAAACAGUUUUCAACCUAAUCAGAAAAAAAAAAAUAAUAAUUUUACUGUUAGUUUCUUUCUGUUGUGGAAAUUCAAUUUCAAGCUUGUCCUGUAUUUUUAAGCAGUCGACUGCUUUUCUACAGUUUUUAUAUUUAGAAAAGACUCAAAUGGCCUCAUUUUAUGAGAUCAAGACUUUUAUCCUGGCAAAAAUGUUAAUCUAAACAAAGAACUCAUUUGUUUUCAUAAUAAAGCAAGUUUUAUUUGGUGGACAAACAGAUUUGUUUUCUCACCAAGAAUUAAAAAGGCUUAAUGGGUCUUACCUUUGGAUUGAAAAUACAUAAUAUAUACAAUUUAACCAUCCAUUAAAAAAAUGAAUACUUAAAUUUGAGAAGUUUCUAAUUUAUCAAUUUUUUUUAUUAGGAGAUGAGGCUCUUGGUCUUAUAAAGUAAGAUCUGUCAUAAAAUAGCAAAAGCCCUGAUCAUCUUCACCUUUCCAUACCUCCAAUAAUUAACAUUGAAAACAACCAGAACUAUGAUAAAUUAGGAUGAGGACCCAAAUUUAUACGGAAAUCUUUAUUGAAAUAUAAAAAUCGGUUUAUACAUUUUUCCUAUUUUUCUAAAACAUUUAGGCACCAAACAUUGACAGAGUUUUAUUAGCUGGAUGCUCGAGAGGCCAUGUAGCCAAAUGCUAAAAUUAGCUUCUGAUUCUGAAAAAAGUAUCGCUUUACUUCUUUUUCAAGUUUUUCCCACUCAAAUUAACUCCAUAAAAAA